AUGUAUUCAAAUACUAAAUCACCAAUAAAAAAAAAAUUUGGAUAUGAAAUAUCUAUUAUCGAUGAAGAUGAAGAAGAGAUAAAAAACAAUAAUAACAGUAACCAAACAAACCAUAGUAAUAAUAACGAAAAUUUAAUUGUAGAAGAUUUAGAUUUCGAUUUUGACUUUGAAGUUAACAAUAGUAAGAACAAUAGCAUUGACGAUCAUAGUGAUAAUAACAAAAAUUAUAUUACACAAGAUAAACAUUUACAUUUAGACAUUCAACUUAAUAAUAAUAAUAAUAAUAAUAGUAAUAAUAAUAAUAAUAGUAAUCAUUAUAAUAACAGCACAAAUACCAAUAAUAACAUUAUAAACAACAACAACAAUAAUAAUAGUUCAUAUAAUAACGAUAUUACUGGAGUAUGCCUUUCAAAUAGCAAUAGUAAAAAUGAUAAUAUUAAAAAUGUUUGUGAAAAUCCUAUUGUUUUUCGAAGUAAAACAGCAACAAACCUAACACUACCUAUUGAAGAUGAAGAUGAAGAUCUCGAUAAUUUGGUUUUUGAAGAUACUAUAAAAAGAUAUAAUAGUGGUACUUUCUUAAAUAAUAAUAAAAAUAAUAAUAAUAAUAAUAAUGGAAGCAAAAAUGAUCAAUUAGAUGAUUCUAAUGAAUUCGAUUUUGAUAUUUCAUCAGAAUUGGAUAAUGAUAGUUCUUUAAAAAAUGAUAAAGAGACACCUACAUCUAAGGUCACAGUAAAUUGUUUACCAGAUAACUUAUUUACAGAAUGUCCACUAUGUUACAUUAAAGUUUUAAAAGUUGAUAUUGAACAACAUGUUUCUUUAGAAUUGGACUCUUUAGAAAAUAUUGAAAAGAAUAAAAACAAUCACAACAAUCAUACCAAUAAUACUACCAAUAAUAACAACAACAACAACAACAACAACAAUAAUAAUAAUAAUAAUAAUAAUAAUAAUAAUAAUAAUAAUAAUAAUAAUAAUAAUAAUAAUAAUAAUAAUAAUAAUAAUAAUAAUAAUAAUAAUAAUAAUAAUAAUAAUAAUAAUAAUUUAAAGAAAUCUUCUCCUUUUAUUAAAAAAGUAUUACCAAAACCAAUAAUAGAAACCCCAAUAAAAACUACAGCUACACCAAUAACAAAUAGGACUUUUUCAAACACCUCAACAAUAACUCCCAUAAUACCUUUAGUGCCAUUAACACACAAAAUACCACAAAUCAUAACUCCAAUAACACCAAUUACACCCAAAGUACCAAUGGUUAUGGUAGCUAAAUCACCAACAACACCAACAACACCAACAACACCAACAACACCAAUAACACCAAUAACACCAAUUACACCCAAAGCACCAAUAAUAAUGGUAGGAAAAUCACCGACAUUACCAACAAAUACAUUAAAUAAUAGUGGUUUUAGUUUUAAAAAUUUAAGACAAACUACACCAACAACCACCACCACAACUACUACAGCUAUAAAUACAAAUACAAAUAGCAAUCAAAAUAUAAAUAUAAAUACAAGACCUUCAACAACUAAUCCAAUAUCACCAAUUAAAAAACUACCAUUUUCGUCAUCAGUAGUUGCUACUAAAAUAUCACCAUUUGUUAAGGAUUCAUUAUUUCAAAUAAAGUCAAACUCUAUUAGUGUUGGUAAAACUACAAUAAUAAAGAAAUAUAUUGUAAAGGAAAGUGAAAUUGGAUUCUAUUCAAACCAUAUAAAGAUACCAAUAUCACAAAAGAUUACUGAAAACAAUAAUAAUCUAUAUAGUAGUAGUAACAGCAAUAGUAGUAGUGUUUGUGAAAUUACAGCUUUUGAAAUUAACUACUCAAAGAUUGUUUCACUUUUAAUAUUUGUGGAGAAUAACGAGUUAUCAUUAAGAAUGGAUUUAUUGUCAUAUGGUAUUUACAUUGGUGCAAUUGCAAAACCUCAUUCAAAAAAUGAAAGAAUUACAAUUAACUCUAUAAAGGGUAAUUUCUUUUCAACUUUCAAAGAUAGUUUAAAGAUGGUUGGCUUAUUAGAGAAGACUACUUAUUUCAACUCUGAUACCAAUCUUACAACCUCUUUUCAAACUAUUCAAGAGGAUGAAAUUGAACCAACAGAUUUAAAUUAUAUAGAUGAUCUAUUAAAUAAAAAUAAAAAUAAAAAAAAUAUUGAUAUUAUAGAAAGUACUCAAUAUUCUCAAAAACAGCAACAACAACAAAAACAGCAGCAACAACAACAAUCCAAACAUAAUAUAUAUAAUUUUAUUGAUGACCCAAUACAAAAUACUCAAGCACCAUCAUCAAGAUCUACUUUUAAAACUAACAACAACAAUAAUUAUAAUAAUAAUAAUAAUAAUAAUAAUAAUAAUAAUAAUAAUAAUAAUAAUAAUAAUAAUAAUAAUAAUAAUAAUAAUAAUAAUGAAUUUACAGAUGAUAUAGUAUCAACACAAUUUUCACCAUCACAAUAUUCAAGAUUAGCAAAGAAAAAAAUAAAUAAUAUAUUAUCUGAUGAUGAUAUAUCAUCUGAUGAAGAGCUUUUGGAGGAAGACUACCAAGUAAACCGUUCAAAACAAUUUAGCUUUAAAAAUAAUAAUAAUAAUAAUAAUAAUAAUAAUAAUAAUAAUAAUAAUAAUAAUAAUAAUAAUAAUAAUAAUAAUAAUAAUAAUAAUAAUAAUAACAAUAGAUUCAAACCUUAUCAAAAAACUUUUAAAUUUUUUAGCAAUAAUAGUAAUACCAAUAAAAAUUAUGGAAAAUCAAGAACUUUUAAAAAGAGAUUCAAAAAAUAUAAAAAAAGAAAUAAUGAAGAGUUUGUAAAAAAAAAUUAUAGUAGCUCAACUGCUAGUAGUAGUUCAGAUAAUAGCCAAAACUUAACAGUUCAAGGACAAUAUUACUAUAGCCACGACUCUGCAGUAAAUGAUAUGAAUUCAUUUUCUUAUAAUGAUAUUGGAUGGGAGGGUUCAAAUGGUGCUACCUCUUUUAAAUCUCUCAAUGAAUGUCAUCUCAUUUUUAUUUUGAAGGAAAAGUUAAAUGGGUGUAAUAAAUUUAUUUAUUUUUUAAAAACAUGUAAACUUUCUGUGGAAAGUAAUUUGAAGUUUUGGCAAAUCUUAAGAUUAUUGAUAAUAAUUAAUUUAAAAAAAGGUGGUGCAAGUGGUUUAUUUAAAGGCAUUUUUUUUUUUUUUUUUAGAUUAUUUUAUUAUUUGUUAGUGGAUUUAGCUCUUGAACAAUAA